CCCUGUACUUUCACCAAAUCCCACAUUCACAUUCAAAUCUCAGAUUCUCUCAGAAAAAUCAAAACCUAACUUCUUCUUUGCUUUUCGUUCUCUGAUUCCGAUCUGAAGAGAGAUGGCUCGUACCAAGCAGACUGCUCGCAAGUCCACCGGAGGAAAGGCUCCAAGGAAGCAGCUUGCCACUAAGGCUGCAAGGAAAUCUGCACCCACAACUGGUGGAGUGAAGAAGCCCCAUCGUUAUCGUCCCGGAACUGUUGCUCUCCGUGAAAUCCGUAAGUACCAGAAGAGUACCGAGCUUUUGAUCCGCAAGUUGCCCUUCCAGCGUCUUGUUCGUGAAAUCGCACAAGACUUCAAGACGGAUUUGAGGUUCCAGAGCCAUGCUGUUCUCGCUCUUCAAGAGGCCGCGGAGGCUUACCUUGUGGGUCUUUUCGAGGACACCAACCUGUGCGCUAUCCAUGCCAAGAGGGUCACCAUUAUGCCUAAGGACAUCCAGCUCGCAAGGAGGAUCCGUGGCGAACGUGCUUAAGCGUUUCGGGCUUCGUUAAUUUUAGAUUGGUUAUGCGUAGUAUUUGCUUUUGAUUUUGUAUAGGAUAUAAAAAAAAAGGCUAGGAUAUUGGGGCAAUUGCCUUUAAAGCUUUUUAUAUUUGCUUGGUUAAGAACAAGGUUUAAUUCUUCGUUAAUCUCUUUUGAAUUCAACGAUUUUACUAUUUUAUUCGUUUUUCA